AUGACCUCAUCAGCCGAUCAAUCGCCCUCGUUGCCAACCCCUGAGCACUCGCCGCGUCAGGUGAGCACGCCGCCUGCAACACCCACCACCACGUCGGUGUUUGAUGCCCCAGAGAACCAGGCGCCAAAGGGCCGACGACGUCAUCGUCACAGCCACCGCAGCAGUACCUCGGACGCGCCGACGGCGUUGUCGCACGCGCACAAGCGCAGGCACAAGCACAAACGGGAGUCGAGCUGCCGAUGCUCCGGUGGAGAAGCAGCAGCCAGUGAAGUAAAUGAGGGCUCGUCAUGGAGGACAGAUAUUACACGUGAGGCAACAGGGGUGGCGGACGACGACGACAAGACAGAGCGGCAGCGCUUGGCCAGUGCGGCGGUCACACCGAAUCUGCCGGUCAGCAACGGAGCUUCCAGCAAACCGAGCCUUACGCAGCCGUCCCCGCCUCGAUGCGACCCGCAAGUUCUUGCCCCUAGCACAGCCACCGCGGCAGUGGCGUACACCUCGGUGGCUGAAGGGACGCUGUCCCACUUUCCCAAGGGUGUUGGUGUGCCGGCUCGGUGUGCCCGGCCAAGCGACGCCUCUGUGGCACAAAACAGAGGCACAGCUCUUAGCGUCACGCCCUUUUCAGGUCUUGAGAAGUCGAUUUUUACUCUCGGCGAGUAUGUCAAGGGACCUGCGUGGCCGCUAAUCGCUGCGACAGUGCUAACCGAGCCGCCUGAGGAACCGUCCAGCAUUUUUAGCCCCGCGUCGGGGCGGGAGACGGAGGUCGAGGUGCCGACACAGCGGCGGCGGGGCGGGGUCGGCAACCAUCUUCCCUCUAUGACUGCUGUCACCGCACCGAUUGGUGUGAGCGUUGGCGAGGGUGGCACGUCGCGUCUGCCGUGCACCCAUCUGCACCCCGCCGACGUGGACCUCCCCAUCGCGGAGGAAAUGGAAGUGGCAGAGAAACGCCGGUAUGGCGAUGAGCGAGAUGAAGCCUUUCUCACCAGCGGCAGCGUUUGGGAUGAUGGAGAGCGCAUGCGUGGAAGUUCUCUGCACCACACCGAGGGGGGCGCUGAUGACGGUUGUGAGAGUGAGGACUGGGCCGAGGACGGCCGCAAGAUUCCUCGCUCAGCGGAGCCGUGCUGCUCGCUAUACGUGAACGUCAGCAAAGACCCCGAUAGCUGGCGUCACAGUCAACCGCGUCGCCACGCCUUCGAGCGCCCGCUGCACUCGAUGCAGGUGAUGGCGUUCGUCUUUGAGCUGGUGCUGAUAGCCCUUUUCUGGUCUAGCGUCUUCAUGGGGUACAUCAUGCUGUACACCCAGGACAAGCAGGACUGCCUGGCUGAGAUGGUCAUCUUCGCUAUCCUCGUGCUUGUCGGCAUGGUGUGGCUCUACACAUCCUUAAUCCUAAUCUCCUUCAAGGACUGCACGGACUACAGCAACUCGGGUGAGCUGUGCAUGUUCUGCCGCCGUCGCACGCAUGUGGACUCCAAGCACUGCAAGUCGUGCAACAAGUGCGUGGAGGGAUUCGACCACCACUGCAAGUGGCUGAACAUGUGCGUCGGAGCGAAGAACUACCGGCUCUUCUUCUCCUUCGUCUCCGCCGCCGUGUGCCUGACUCUCUUUGGCUUUAUUGGCGGCGUGACGUACCUGUCGCGGUGGUGGCAUAUGCUGGCGGAGCGCCAUAGCGCGUAUUUUCGCGCGGCCCCGAUUGUCAUGUGCACGCUAAUAAUCGUGGGUAUUGGCCCGAUGGCGCACCUGCUCUUGUUCCACAGCUACCUUUGCAUCGUUGGCAAGACGACGUACCAGCACAUUCUUGAAAAGCGCGAGCGUGCUGUGGAGUUCCCCAGCGGUGAAACGGAGGAGCGGUUUCGCAAGACGCGACCGCGGCCGUGCUGCUGUUAG